AUGGCUAAUGAAACAGAUUCUCUUGAUGAAACAAGAUCUUUUCAAGAUCUAAAUUUUGUAAAAUUACCAGAUCUUCCAGAAACUGAAGAAUUCAAGAAGCCUGGCAAGAAAAAAAAUGAUGUAUGGAAUUAUUUUAUUGAAGAGGAAGCUAGAAAAUUUGGCCACUCACCUAGUACUUGUGUAUAUUGUGGUAAUGCUCGGAACAGAGGAAGAGUAGUUCCAGAUAUGAUGGCACAUUUAGCAUUACAAUGUGAAAAAGUUGAAGCUUCAGUUAAAGAACAAUAUUUCAGAAUUUUUGCACAAAAUAAUGAGCAAUCUUCUGGUCGAAUUACUACAAGGAAGCGAAAACUUAAUGAAGAAAUUGCAACUGGAAUUCAACCAAAAAUCACAUCUAAAUUACAAAAAUCAGCAAUAGAUCCUGGGCAACAAUAUCUUUGUAAUAGAGCAUUGACUAGAUUUUUUGUAUGCUGUGACGUCCUUUUUUCUACUGUAGAAAGUCCAUUCUUUAUUGAUCUUGUAAUGAAUUUAUGUGCUGGUUAUCAAUUGCCAGACAGGAAAACAUUAAGUGAUACUUGGCUUAGUAAUGAAGUGGCAAGAAUUACCGUUGAUGUUGAAGGAAUACUUAAAAAACAAGAAAAUCUUUCACUUGGUAAAUAA